AUGACGGUAAAGAAAAUGGUUGCGCAGCACGCUACUAUAGGACCACGGAAGCGAACUACGGUCGGACGCCACACCACAGUAGUUAAUACCCGGGGAAGUAGAGAGCAUCUGGGUCAACACGAGGACAACACGAUGAAAAAAGAGCAACAAAAACAAUUCGAGCACGACGAUCAGCCAGGCUCAGGCAGCCCGGCGGCCUCGCAGCUGUCGUCCUGCAGUGCGAUCGUUACAGGCAUAUUCGUUGACGGCACGCCGGUGCGAGAUUUGUCCCGGAUCGGUUUUCGUGCUGCGUCGAGCGACAGGGCAGCUUUUACAAACAAGUCACGACCCGGUACGUCGACGUCUACUUCCGCCGUCAAAGGCGGUUUUCGAAGUAAAUGGGCCCAAAUUUUGGAGGUCAUCGAGAACGAGGAAGUUGUGAAUUGGGGCAAAAAUAACGAAGCCCCACCCUCCGACCUCCACGAUGGAACGUCAAGUUUUUGCAGUACGGAGCAGGCCGAGUUGACCUUCGACAAUUCGGAGGUUUCGUUUUACUUUGAAAUCGGGAUUCUCACUCCUCCUGAAGGCUGCGACUUCAUCGCGGCGGCACACGACCAGGAGGCAUCAAACGGUAGUCAUUUUUCAGGGUCGGCGCAGAAAGGUUCCAGUUUCAGUUUUACUCCGACGCGCCCAGCAAUUGCGACCCCCUUCGGCUCCUUGGAGGUUCGACUGGAUCGCGCGAGCGACCAUGCGUUUCACUUGCUGAAACUGAGAAGCGGAGUGGAGCUCUUCGAUGACCCGCGAGGAGGUCAUCUCCCCACGACAUCAUCCACCGAGGAGUCGUCCUCUUCUUUUGCAGCUUUUCUUCCUCCUGAAUUGCGCAACGUUUUUCACGACAGAGACCUUGAGGUCGAAAUGCUGAUUUCGGUGAACAAAGCAUCUCCGAAGACAACUUCACUAGAUCCACGUGCAGCUCCGGCUCCCGAGCAUGACAGCUUGGUGGAUGCUGAGGCGCUGCUUCGCUUCGAAGCUUACCAACAGUACGUUGCGAACAGUUUACAGCUCUGUGAAGCAGGAGGCGGAGCAUCACUAGACCACGGAGCAGCUUCUUCACACCAUCACGACUCCGCCUUGUGGUCAACGUCGACCACGCCACCCUCGAUGAGAAAUUUCUUCCUCGUGCAAAAAGAACCCUUCGAGCGCAUCAUUGCGUUGCUGAAACAGAAAGAACAACUUCUCUUCACGAAACUCAAAGAAUCGGAGCUGGAGCUGGCCAUGCGGGCGGCGGGCCAGGAAAAGAAGAUGGAGGCAUUGCUGAAAAGGUUUUCGGAUCUGCUGCGAAACCACUCCUUCGGCACGCCCAGUGGCAGUGCCAAUGGGUCUCCCGUGGAACAACAACAGAUACUGGAUAUUCUUGCCAAAGACGCCCUGCAACAAAGUAGUACUAGAACAGACUCGACACUAAACGGCGACGGUCAAGAGCAUCGAACUGCUGGUGUUGACAGCUGUGCUGUGCAAGCCGUCAAGAAGAGCCAGAAUCUGUUGACAAGCGAUACCGAUAGCAAGAUCCGGCAGCGGCAAGUGUCGGACACAGAUUGGAAAAUCGCUUGGAACCAGCUGUUUCUUACCGCGGCUUUGCAAGGGAAAAGGGUUGCGCUGGAGGACGUAUAGAUUUAGAUAUAGAUUUGUUUCCGUAAACGUAAUAAAGUUCUUUGCUGAAAUGCAAAAUUGGUGCUGCACCUGCACCAGAUCCGGCACCUGUGAAUGAUCUUCUUGCUUGCUAUGCUUGUUCAUCUCGUCUCCAUGGCGGGGUACUUACCUGUUGUAAGUAGCAGUGGUGACCAUUACCGCACCUGGAAAAAUUAUCCCAUCGACUUUUAAUUUCUAUCAGGCCGAUUUCACCGCCCGCCAUGCUGCGUGGAUGCGCUCCCGAAUUGCCACGGAGCGCCAGCGACUGCUCGCGCGGCACAAAGCGCGGCUGGUGGAGAACGAGGAGCAGAUCAGGGUGUUGUCCAGGCGAAUCAGCGAGGCCGAAGCUGCGGGAGCUGCCGCGGAGGGUACUAGUAGUACAACGACCCAGCACGACGACGUGUUUAUUGCGGGCAACAAGGAGGAAAGCAUAAGCAAUGAAUUUGUUGACAAUGUGUCGACUUUGGAGGCUGUCUUGCAGCGGUUAAAUGAAGAAUUCACGAAAAACGAGAAGCGGUUGGAGCUCGGCAUGGUGGAGAAUCAAGGACUCUGUUCGGAGGAGGAAAAAUGGAAAACACAAUUGCAAUAUUAAAUGUAAAAAUGUCUGGGUCUGGAAGAAUGCAACUUGUCAUGCUAGAUCUGAAGCAUGCAAAAAUCUGUGUUGCAUGAUUACCAAAAGUCGUCCAGUUUUGACCAAGUCGGGAGGGAGUUUGUCAUGUAGGAUAGGCAUGAGAGAGAUCGCACAGAAUCUGUCAUGUUAGGUCCUACAUUCCAGGCUUCAUUGGUCAUGGGAAAGCUGCAUGACAAAUCGCGCAUUCUUCCAGACCAAGACACUUUUACACUCGAUAUGCAAGAAGCACAGAAGUUGCGGAAGUCGAAGGAGGAGGAAUGGGAGGCACUGAUGCAUGUUGGGGCUACUGAUGGUAAAAAUCAACGAGAUGGUGUAGUUGGUACAACUCUGCUUGACACGACAGGGACUACACCUCAACCUCAUAUCAACCUCCCGCCAAUCUCUGUCCAACUCUGCAAGAACCUGAAAGAACACACCAAGCAUCUGCAGGAAGAACGAAAGCAGCAAGACGGAAUUCUGGCUAAGAUUGAAGACGCUGAAACAUCUCUGCGGACGGAGCUUGCAAGGGUGAAAAGAAAUAGCCUAGACGGUGAAAAACGUGCAGAAGGUGCGCGUCGCUCGGUGGAGCGGAUGGAGAGAUUAAAAGGUCUAGCUGCAACGUUGGAAGCGGAAAACGCACGGCUUAGUGAAGUCGUUGGGGAAAAGGUAAUGCAACAAGAAGUCGCACUUGUAUUUUGGUAGUGGUUCCUCUUCCUUGCUGAACAAGAGGCAGCGAGUAGAGUACAGGUCGGCCGAUCAAUUUUCAACUUCAUGUGUUAGUACUGUAGAAGUAGCAUGGCCAUGAGAGCAGAACUAGAUGAUACGAAAAAUCACUAAACCAAAAAUCAGGUCCGCGCAUUUGGGCAGGCAUUCGAAAACAUGCAAAGAGAUGACUCGGAUCAUCUUCAGUGGGACGUCGAACACGAAGAUGUUGCAGCCACGGGAACAGCAGGAGCUCUCACGAAGAGUCACACAACACAAACGGAACAACCAAGUCAGAUCAAAAAUCGCCAGCAAACCACCGAAAAGCAGGUCCGGCAGUUGGAACUGAAACAGUCUCUCCUCCUGGAGAAAUCCCAGGAUUUGCAAGCGAAACUCGAUGAAGAUGUAACUGAAAUACCGACGACGUUGCUGGAGGACAACUUCUUGCAUGAAGAAGAAGAUGCAAAUCAAGCAACUACGGCUGCUAGAGGUACUUCUUCUGCCCAAGUAGGUCAUCUUCCAGCAAGCGUCGCAAGCCGCAACGCCCUACGAAAAGAGGCGCACGCGUUUGCGUACCAGGCGAGUCACAACCUGCAGGAGCUCCAGAAGUACUCCGGGAAGUACCACGCCGCAGUUUUAAGAAAGGAAGAAGAAAUUUUCGCCGGGCUGCGGGAGCAGGUACUGCAGUCCGACGUUGCGAUCUGGCACUUCCGCGAAAGAAUCAGGAAAUUAAACCUUCUGAGUUCUUGUACCAGCAACGGAGAAGCAGGAAGUUCAUUCACAAGUCCGGGAAACGGAAACUAUGUCAGUAAGAAGUCCGGGUCGCCGGGCUUCUUUGCUGGGCCAGCAGCUCCUGUGGUUGUCCCAAACGACCCAACUGACCUCCUGCUCUUCCAGCAUUGUCAGCACGCCCCACCGUUGUGCUCCUUCCAUCGACUCGCCCGCGGCAAAUACCUUUUUGGAGCUCGUCUGCUACGCAAUACAAAACAUUUUCGUUUCCCGUAGUUCUUGCACACGUACAAAAUGCCCACGCGUACUGACAAAUUUAUUGUUCCAUCUUGAGUGAAGCAUUGAACUUGUCAUGCUGAAUGAGGUUAUAGAAAACAUGAAGCAACAGCAACAUUUCCAUUUGUGCGUGUACAGGAUUUUUUUCCUCUGGAUAACCGCAUGUGCAGGCGUACCUGGUCAGUGUGGGGACCACUACUUCUACAGGAAGUUCUUCGUCAGCUACUCAUAAUGCGAACACCAGCACCGCAAGCAGUACGGGAAUAAAUACCAAAGCGGCGCAGACGGGGCCGCGCGAUAGGUGGAGUACGGCGGAACAAGAGCAGUCCGCAAUGUUUCAUCAGACCAGCAUAAAGAAAGAAUUCUCCGCAAGUGCUGACCGGUUGCGCCUAAAGGUGGGAAAAAACGCGACCUUUGCCUUUUCGCAGUUCGUUCAAGCAUUUGACGAAAUGGAAUUCAAGUUUCUGUUGCGAGAAAUGAAAACAAUAAACCGAAGGUCGUGA